AUGAAUCCUUAUUACCCAUUCUAUAUGCUAGAAGAAACGGACCACAAAGAAAAUCCGCCGCCGUACGAGUCGUGUGAGCCCGAUAUGGAGAUGCGUGACUCUGCACCUUCCAUCUUCCAGCUACCAGAUGUCGACCACAAUGAUGCUUUCAUUGCCGUUAUGGGAAUGACUGGCUCGGGGAAAAGCACGUUCAUUCGACACUUCUGUGAUACAGCCGUAGCGGGAGAUGGUCUAAAAUCAGUGACUGCCAUGGUCGAGGCGCACCCGGCAUCUGAAAGAAUUGACGGCCGUCGAGUUAUCUUCGUCGACACUCCUGGAUUUGAUGACACCAUUCGACCCGAUUCUGCCAUCCUGCGCGAGAUAGCGAACUGGCUCAACAAGGCACGCCAGGGUGGGAUUAAGCUAACAGGCAUAGUAUACUUACACGGGAUCAAUAACACGCGUGUGACAGGAACUGCCAAGAACAACCUUCGCAUGUUCAAAAAACUGUGCGGUGAUGAUUCCAUGUCUUCGGUUGCUCUUGCGACAACACACUGGGGAAGUGGAGAGGCAGACAGAGAAAAGCAGCUCGCUCGCCACAAGGAGCUCCUCGAGGACGAGGCAUUCUGGAAGCCCAUGAUCCUUCGCGGGGCAACCGACUUCAUCCAUGACCGAGAAGAGCGGUCAGCGAAAAAGAUUGUGCUCCACCUUUUGAGAAUUCGGCCCCACGAAGGCAUCGACUUGACAAUCCAGAAAGAAAUGGAGGACGGCAUAACGCUUGAUAAAACUGCGGCUGGCAUCGCAUUAGAGGAGAAGUUGGAAACUAAAAGGGAGAUCUACGAACGCGAGAUCCAUGACCUUCAGAGGGAAAUUGCAGAAGUCAAGCGGGAUAAUAGUUUGACCCACCAAAUGAGGGAACAAGAGGUCAACUGCCUCAGAGAGGAAGUGGACAAAUGGAAGAACAAAAUCAAGAGCGUGGAAGAUGACCGGGAGCUAAUGAAGGUCGAUCGGGAUCAACUCCAGCUGGAGCGCGCGAAGGAGUUGCGAGAAGAGGCCAAAUGGCACGAUCAAAUGGUGGCCCAGUUACAGGCGGAAAGGCAUCAAAAUGAGAAUCUCAGGGACGAGAAUGAGAUGAAGAAGAAGCAGCUGAAGCAGAUCAAGGCAAGAAUCAGACAGGCGCAGGGAUGUUCGGUCAUGUAACGAGGGAAAUCAUCUUCCUCAUUGGGGGACGAUCCAUGUACCAUUUGUCUACGAGCCUCUAUUCGAACAUGUUCUGAUAUCAGUACGGGGACAUUUCUGGAGAGGUACAUAUAAUAUGUGUAAAGGUAUAGAG